AUGAGGUCCCCGCCGCCCGAGGUCCUUGCGACAUGGCCCAAGCCGAACUACGUCGACCCGGCCACGAGGGGUUCGGGUUUGAUGAUAGUCGAGUUGACACUAUUACCGAUUGCUAUGAUUGUUGUGUUUCUCCGACUUUGGGUACGGAUAGCAUGGUUGAAGAAGAGCUGGUACGAUGACUACCUCAUGAUUGUGGCAAUGGUCUUCAGCAUCGGCACAACAGUCAUUGUCAUUAUGGCAUCCCAACUCUAUGGUUGGGAUCGCCACGUUUGGGAUCUUACACCGCACGAGAUGAUGGUUGGUAGACAGGCAUCCAUGGCAGGUCAGACAUUAUUCGUCCUUGCUUCUUCCACGGUCAAGAUGUCUAUACUCGUAUCGUACUUUCGCAUCGCACCAGAAAAGUCACUGUUCCGCAAGCUCGUCUGGGCAACCUUUGCGCUCGUAUUCGCCGCCUUUGUUGUCUUCCUAGUUGCACUCUGGGUGCAAUGCAUUCCAAUCUCCAGCUACUGGGAGCUCAAAGCCGACCACCGUGACUGCAUUCCCGAGGGACCACCACUAGUUGUCCAAAGUGUACUCAACGUGGUGACCGACUUCAUGAUCUACGCACUUCCGAUCCCUACGCUAUUCACACUCUCGCUACCAUGGACUCAACGCAUCGGCCUUGUCGUUCUCUUUUCCGUCGGUGGCGUCAUUGUCGUUGCGAGCAGCUUCCGAGCCUACUGGGUCCACUACACACUCUUCGAGACAUACGACUCCACUUGGGAAGGGUACCAGAUCUGGCUUUGGACCGCCGUUGAAACAAACGUCGGUGUCAUCUGCGGGUGUAUCCCAGCGCUCAAGCCAUUACUCUUCCCCCACCGGGCAAGAGCGCAGGGUUCCAAGUACGGCAACAACUCGCAGAGCAGCAAAAGGAAGGAAAAGAUCACCCCUGUCAUCGACCAAGUCGAGAUGGAUACCCGAAAACUCACGGACAACGAUGAGACGCGGCCCGGGACCGCCAUUGCUCCGGUGCAUUACCGUCCCCUCUCGGAACGACCGAUGAGCGGCGAUACCGAUAAGAGUCGGUUUGAUAUCGAUAUAGAGCAGCAAAAAGCUUUCAUGUACUGA